AUGACUAACCAGCCGAGCGCUGGGGCCCCACAAAACCCCCAAGAUGAGGAAAGGGCGCGGGCGCUGAGGGCCUACGUGGCGAAGAUUAAGGAGCACAGGGAGUGGGCUGCCAGGGUCAAAAAACUGAGGGAAGAGACGAAGCUGCAGUCGAAGAAGUACGAAAAGACAGAAGACGAUUUGAAGGCGCUGCAGGGCGUGGGGCAGCUCAUAGGCGAAGUGCUGCGGCAGCUCGACUCCGAAAAGUUCAUUGUGAAGACUUCGAGCGGCCCGCGAUAUGUGGUUGGCAGCAAACCGAAGCUGGACAAGUCGCUGCUCACUGCGGGGACCCGCGUGGCGCUGGACAUGACGACGCUGACGGUGAUGCGGCGGCUGCAGCGGGAAGUGGACCCGCUGGUGUUCAACAUGCUGCACGAAGACCCGGGGAAUGUGCAGUACGCGGAAGUGGGGGGUUUGAGCGAACAAAUUCGGCAAAUGCGCGAAGUCGUUGAAUUGCCGUUGACAAAUCCGGAGUUGUUUCGCCGCGUGGGCAUCAAAACCCCCAAGGGCGUGCUGCUCUACGGCCCGCCCGGCACCGGCAAGACGCUCCUCGCCAGGGCCAUGGCCUCCAACAUGAGCUGCAACUUCAUGAAGGUCGUCGCCUCCGCAAUCGUCGACAAGUACAUCGGCGAAAGCGCCCGCGUGAUUCGCGAAAUGUUCGGCUACGCGAAGGACCACCAGCCCUGCAUCAUUUUCAUGGACGAAAUCGACGCCAUUGGCGGCCGCAGAUUCUCGCAGGGCACUUCUGCUGACCGCGAAAUUCAGCGGACUCUCAUGGAGCUGGGGCAAGUCAAGAUCAUCAUGGCCACCAACAGGCCCGACGUUUUGGACCCCGCGCUCAUGCGCCCGGGGCGCCUCGGAAUGUUCGCCAUCCGCGCAGACAGAGAUUAUGUCAUUGAAGAAGACUUCUUCAAAGCUGCCAGAAAAAUUGCAGAAAAUAAAAAACUCGAAAGCAAACUGGACUACGAAAACAUUUAA